UGUUCCGAGCGCGGGGCAGGGCAGAGCUGAGCGGGGCUGAGCGGGGCAGCGGGGCUGCCGUGCCGACAGGGGCCGGCACAGGGAGCGCCCUGCGCAGCUCCCGGCACAAGUGCGGAGCGGCGCCCCGGGGCUGCGCCGGCUGCCGGCUCCUCGCCCCUUACCUCCGCGCUCCCGGGACGGCCUUUUUGGGCGGGAGGGCGGGAGGGGGGUUACCUUUCCUUAGGGAAGUCCCGUCCCUUGCCAGGGAAACUUUUUACGUUCCUGUGCGUGAGAGGCAACCUAGUUGCACUCACUGAAGUGCGAGGAGUGUUUGGCUUCUCCCGUACCAGCCUCCUCCUCCAUCUAUUCCCCCCCGCUCCCGCCCCGAAUUUCUCCUCCCGUUUUGCUCCGAGUUGCUCUUUAUUUGUGUGUGGAGAAAGCGGUGGGGGGGACGACUUGUAGGGGGGAUGUUCUGUUUUGGCCAGAGGAACAGUGCAAAAGGGGAGCCUCGGCUCGGAGAAGACACGAGAAUAAAUAAAUAAGGAGCGGCCCUAAAAUAAAGGUAGCGGCAUAUCCCGGCAGCGAGCAACAACAACAACAAAAACAAAGUUGCUGUAAAACAAAUGUGAUGGGAAGGAGCAGCGGAGCCGUCCAUCGCGGGACAGCGACAAGCUUUUACGCCGGCCCCGCGCGAGUUUAAUUGCAAAAAACCAAACUGGUUUUCCCUGUGGACGGGGCGACUUUAUCCACGCCCAGCCGGACUUUCUGCCUCAGUCCAGACACUUCCAAAGUCAGAUACCCGCGGAGAGCCGCCAGCUGCCUUUCACACGGCGGUUCUCCCGAGCCGCGGGGGCUCCGCGCCGUGCCCGGCCGGGGAGCAGCCCCGCGGCGCCUUCCGCCGGGAAGGGAGAGCGGGAUCCCACGGCAUCUCCGCUGCCAAUCGGUAGUUGGCAUCUAAAGUUUCAUUUACAUUUAUGAAACUGCCGCUCCGGGCCAAGCAGGCGCGGUGCUGCCGCUCCGUAGCCGCGGGCAGGGCUUGCAGCCGAGCGCACGGAGGGACGCGCUGGGCUCACGCGUGGCGGUGUGAAAUAGCUGGUACUGACAAAAACCCUGCGGCUCGAGCUGUACCGGACAAGGGAGCGACUUGGCCGGUUCCAGUCUGAGUGUGAAGUCAUGCUAGAACAACCACUGAGCUGUAAAUUGAAAGGAAGAUAAUUUCUGCUUGUGGAGGAAAAGAAAGGUGAAUAACCUCAAUGGAAGACUCUCAGGAUCUAAGUGAACAGUCAGUGAAGAAGCCGUGUCCGGAGUCCGAUGGUUCAGAGCCGCAGAAUCCCAGGUCUAUGGAAAUGCAGGAUCUAGCCAGUCCUCAUAAUCUUGUUGGAAGUAGUGAUGCACCAGGUAGUUCCAAACUGGAUAAAUCUAAUCUCAAUAGCACAUCAGUCACAACAAAUGGAACAGGAGGAGACAACAUGACUGUGUUAAAUACUGCAGACUGGUUGCUGAGUUGCAGUACUCCCUCCUCUGCAACAAUGUCUCUUCUUGCAGUCAAAACAGAACCCAUGAACAACAGUGAAACAGCAACAACAACUGGAGAUGCAUCGCUUGACACUUUUACUGGGUCAGUAAUAACAAGUAGUGGCUACAGUCCCAGAUCAGCGCACCAGUACUCUCCACAGAUAUAUCCCUCCAAGCCCUAUCCGCACAUUCUUUCUACACCAGCAGCUCAAACAAUGUCUGCCUAUGCUGGACAAACGCAGUAUUCGGGAAUGCAGCAGCCAGCGGUCUAUACAGCCUACUCACAGACAGGACAGCCCUACAGCUUGCCCACUUACGAUUUGGGUGUAAUGUUGCCAGGCAUCAAGACGGAAAGUGGGCUCUCGCAGACCCAAUCUCCUCUGCAGAGCGGGUGCCUCAGUUACAGCCCAGGGUUUUCCACCCCACAGCCAGGCCAAACACCGUACUCCUACCAGAUGCCAGGUUCUAGUUUCACACCAUCAUCCACUAUUUAUUCAAACAACUCUGUUUCAAAUUCUACAAACUUCAGUAGUUCACAACAGGAUUAUUCGUCAUACACAGCUUUUGGCCAAAAUCAGUAUGCACAGUAUUACUCAGCAUCAACAUAUGGUGCAUAUAUGACCUCAAACAACACGGCUGAUGGCACUUCAUCAUCAUCAACCUACCAAUUACAGGACUCUCUCCCUGGCUUGACUAGUCAACCAGGUACAGAUCUACAUUCAGGGGAGUUUGACACAGUGCAGAGCCCCUCCACGCCAAUCAAAGAUCUUGAUGAGAGAACAUGUAGGAGUUCUGGGUCAAAGUCUCGGGGUAGAGGGCGGAAGAAUAAUCCAUCACCCCCUCCGGACAGUGACUUGGAGCGUGUAUUUGUUUGGGAUUUGGAUGAAACAAUCAUAGUUUUUCAUUCGCUGCUUACAGGAUCCUAUGCACAGAAGUAUGGCAAGGAUCCACCCAUGGCAGUGACCCUUGGACUACGAAUGGAAGAAAUGAUUUUUAAUCUUGCUGACACACAUUUAUUUUUUAACGAUUUAGAGGAAUGCGAUCAAGUUCAUAUAGAUGAUGUUUCUUCAGAUGAUAAUGGACAAGACCUAAGUACCUACAGUUUUGCAACUGAUGGCUUCCAUGCAGCUGCAAGUAGUGCAAACCUUUGUCUGCCAACAGGUGUAAGAGGAGGGGUUGACUGGAUGAGGAAGCUGGCUUUCCGUUACAGAAGAGUAAAAGAGUUGUAUAAUACUUACAAGAACAACAUAGGAGGACUCCUGGGUCCUGCUAAAAGAGAUGCAUGGUUGCAAUUAAGAGCAGAGAUUGAAGCUCUAACAGACUCCUGGCUUACAAAUGCACUUAAAUCAUUAUCAAUUAUCAGCACAAGGAGUAAUUGUGUAAACGUGUUGGUAACAACAACCCAGCUUAUCCCAGCACUUGCAAAAGUUCUACUAUACAGCUUAGGAGGAGCUUUUCCUAUUGAAAAUAUAUACAGUGCAACCAAAAUAGGAAAAGAAAGUUGCUUUGAACGAAUAAUGCAAAGGUUUGGCAGAAAAGUAGUAUAUGUUGUAAUUGGGGAUGGUGUAGAAGAAGAACAGGCAGCAAAAAAGCACAACAUGCCUUUCUGGAGGAUAUCCAGUCAUUCGGACCUCUUGGCUCUCCAUCAAGCACUGGAACUAGAGUAUUUGUAACUGUGUUCUAAAGCUGGUGAUCCUUUUAUAUGUAUAUAUAUAUAUAUAUACAUACAUAUAUAUAUAUGUAUACGUAUUUCAAGUACACUGAAUUUUUAUGUGUGAUUCAAUGCCUCUGGCUUUACACAUAUGAAUUGUCUUAAGAAGGGAAGAAAUAUUUGGAAUUAAAAAUUCCAAAUUGAAGAAUUCAGAUUGCUGAAUGGAGUUAAAGCAUUAGUGCUACGUAAGAAAGCUCUAUGGUCUUAUAUAUGCAACAUUUUUAAAUGAAUUAAAACUGUGGAGGUUGCUGGUACACACCAAGUGAGCCCUGACAGGAGUGAACAAAGGACUCGAACUGGCAAAGCACCAAAACGCAUUUUCCAGCCAACAAGGUGGUGUUCAACAACAUUCCUCAAAAUGGGAUAUAUUCUCAGCACUGAGGUUUGAACCAGACUUUAGCCUACCUAACCCAAAAAAUCUGAAUUGGAAUGCACUCAGACUGUAUAAUGACAAUCCUGUCUAGACAUGUAAUUUGUGUAAAUUAUUGAUGAAAAUAAUUUACUGUGACUUUAUUAGCAGCUGAUUUUGGAAGUGGAUGCAAUUUUUCUUUCUUUUUUUGGGGGGGUGGGGGCAGGGGAGGGAAAGGGUUAUAUAAUAUUGUCUCUUUUAUAAGUUUGGCAAAGAGAAUGUGCAUAUGAUGUGUUGUGCCUUAAAGAGAAGACUGUGUUCGUGUGUUAUAAUGUAAUUUUGGUUAAAAACUCUGUAGAUAAACAAAAAAACCUUUGUGAUAAUUUUUCACAUGACCAAAUUUGAAAUUCAAAGAAAUCAAAGAGCAGGGCUGCACCAAAGAAUUUAAGUAUUUGUUGCAGUAAGAAAAAUAAAUAAAGGAAAGUUUGUGUUUUUAUUUGGA